UUCCCACGCGCGCUGCACCGAGAAUACACCGACGGAAGGGUGAGGUCGGCGGGCGGCGGGCCGCGGAGCCGGCCGACCAGGCGCUCAGUGUGUGGCCAGAGCUCGGACGGACCGCUCCAGCCGCGCCCGCCACCAGGCGUCCAGGCGCUGACGCUGCCAAGAGUGGGGCGCGGCGGGGCUCAGCAGUCGUCCGGGUCAGGGGUGGAGCCGUGUUGCGGGACGCCGGCCGGGGUCACGCCGCCAGCCACCAUGAGCAGCCGGGGCCUGCUGGAGAGGACGGACAGGAACGCCUGGCGCGACAUCCGCUCCCCGCUGACCGUGGAGGACCUGCGCGACAUGCUGGUGGCGCCCUCCCACGGCAGGAUCGCCUUCCCUUCCAAACCGUACGACGAGGUGUACCCUGGCAUCUACAUCGGCGACGGCGCCACCGCGCUCAGCCUGACCGUCCUGCGCUCGCUGAAAGUGACGCACGUGCUGAACGCGGCGCACGGCCGCGACAACGCUACGUACGCCGGCUGCUACGUGCGCACGCGGGCCAGCUUCUACAGUGCGGCGGGAAUGAUCUUCCUGGGCGUGCCGGCCGUGGACACACGCGAGUGCAACAUCUGCGUGCACUUCGAGGAGGCGGCCGACUUCAUCGCGGCGGCGCUGGAGCAGAACGGCAAGGUGCUGGUACACUGCGUCCAGGGCCUCAGCCGCUCCGCCACGCUCGUCAUCGCCUACCUGAUGAUCAAGCUCCACAUGCCGCUCUCGCAGGCCCUGCAGACCGUCAGGGCGCGGCGCGAGAUCUUCCCGAACGACGGCUUCCUGCAGCAGCUGAUCCGUCUGAACGACCAGCUGAUGGGCAGCCGGCGCGUGAACGUGUCGUGGCUGUGAGCGCCGCCCGGCGGCCGCCGGCGACGACGCCCCGGUCCAGCCGACUGCACCACCGGGACGCCUCUGCCGCUCGGCACGCGCGGCUGGCGCGUCUUCAGGCCUGGCUUGGGCGAGCCCCGCUGGCUUGGUGCUCGCUGCACACGCUCGCUCGCUGUUCCGUGGGUGUGUCGGCUUUCGAGAGGCUCUCGUUGCAGCCGCGAUAGCUAUAGCAGAGACCGGCCUCAGAUGCCACUCGACGCGCAUCAGCCACCUACACCUACACCCUACACCCCCCUACACCCCCGAUGUGCGGCGAUCACAGCUGGUCGAAUCCACUCAUCUCAGAAUGUA